AUGGUUCGUUGGUUUGAUGACAUCGGCUCCGAAUACUUCUUUCCAAGAUGUUAUCUUCUGUCGGCUAAUGAGGAAAAGAGAGCUUUCAUCGAUGACUACCAAUUGACGGCUGCAAUGGCUGCCAUCAAAUGGGCGUGCAAUUAUUAUGAACAGCCACGACAACCCAAUAAACGAAUUCAGUGCACCAACGUGAAGGAGACUGAUGAUGAGACCUCAACCUACGGUUAG